AUGUACCACGGCACGACGACCGUCGCGUUCCGCUUCGACGGCGGGACCAUGUGCUGCGUCGACUCGCGCGCGUCGCUCGGGAACUUCGUCGGAAGCUACUCCACGGAGAAGGCGAUCCCCGUGUCGCGGACGACGCUCGGCACCAUGGCGGGCUCGGCCGGCGACUGCACCUACUGGCUGCGCCUCCUCUCGGCGACGUCGAAGCUCGCGGAGCUGGAGACGGGCUUUCCGCCGAGUGCGCGGCGCAACGCGGAGUACCUCGCGGGGUUGCUGUCGCGCCAGGACAAAAACCUGGACCUGAGCGUGGGCACGAUGAUGUUCGACGACGCGACGCUCACCUACGCCGACAACUCGGGCGCGUGCCUCGCCGGCCACCUCUUCGCCGUCGGCUCCGGGAGCCCCUACGCGUACAGCGUCCUGGACGCGGGCUACCGGGCCGACCUCAACGUCGACGAGGCCGCGGACCUCGCGGAGAAGGCCGUGCGCACGGCCGCGGCGCGCGACGCCUACUCGGGCGGCAUCGUCAACGUCUACUUCGCCGACAAGGCCACGGGCAAGUGGCGCCGGCUCCGGCGGCUUGAUGAUUUGCCGUAG